AUGCAUGCCUCACAGGUUGAUGGUGUAGAGAGAGGUCUUGAUGAGGAGUAGCUCUGUUUCUUGAGGACUCUCCGCAUGUUAUACGUAUGAGCACUCUUUUUCUGUAAGCUAGAAGACGCCAUUCCUUGGCUACAAGUUGCGUAAUGUAUAACUGAGGACAGAAGCGGGAGGCCGAGCAGUCGACCGCCGAUGUGAAGAGAAGAAUAGAGAGAGAAAACUGGUUCUUCUGAGAGGGAGAGAGAGGGGGGGGGAUUAUAACAAUAAUAAUAAGAAUAAGAAGCUAAUAUUUUUACUAAUAGAGGGGGGGGGUUUGUUUCGUCUGAGGUCCUGGACUCUAUACCCCUCGAAAUUCACAGCCGGCACGAGGUUUUUGCCUUCCGAAGGCGGAAGGCGGGGGCCGUCUCCGGGAAGACGGAGCGGGGGGCUCGGAGAGGAUCGAGAGGCGGCGGCGGACGGGCGCCAAUGCUCCGGCUGUUGUCAAGGGCUGCAACUUUCCCGCGAUGGGAAAUGGCGUUUCCUCUUUCGAAUACCCAGGUAAUCCCUCGCAUUCGGCACUCACUUCCCUUUGAAUCUUUCGAUGUGUUGCUCCGACGGGGGGGCCGUAACAAGCAAGGAUCAUCCCUGGUUUUUACAUCCAACCUGUGGGACGCUUGGUCUGUUCUCGCAGAGAGGGAUACAUAGCCGGAACAAGAAGGCCAUGGAGUUCAUCGCCAGGGGCUGGAGUGCUCUUCGCGAAGUGGACAGGGUCAUCGACUACACCGAACUCAGGGAUCCUCGGCUCAUACCUCUUCUAAGAGUAAGCUGAUUAUCCAAAACAGGACUUUUUCCCAUGAGAAAAAAACAAUAAAAAAAAGCACCGUUCCUUGUUUUAUUUCACGCUGUCGUGUGAUCUAGACGGCAAAGGAGAACUUCGAAUUAGCUCUGGAGGUCGACAACAUGAACACCCACGCAAGAUACUGGUUGUCCAAGCUCCACUUCAAGUAUCAUGUCCCGGGGGCCUGCAAAGCUGUGUGAGCGACCGAGUCCCCAGUGUUAAUUUUUCUUUGAGCAUGACGACAAGUUUUCAGUAUUUGAUCCGUCCGUUCCUAGAUUUGACUGUUUCUUGGGGAAGAUGAGUGAAUACCCAAUGCUCCCGUGUAGGAGAUAGCUUCAGAUCAUGUCAUCAUAUCAAAUGGAAUCCUGCUCAUUUGAGGGAUUUCCCCAGGUUUCCUGCAUUAUGUCGGCAAUACCAUUCCUACCCGUGCUAAAAUCAAGUGCAGAGAUUUGCAGGAAGAAAAUUGCAGCUAUUAGGGUAGAUAAUGCAAGGAACAGUGACUUGAACUCUGAGAUGAUAAUUCCAAAGACGGUCUUUAUGGGGAGAACAAGCUCUUCUUGUUUCUCUGGAGCCGACGAGGGCAUCUGAAUGGUCUCUGUCCUCGUCUUCUUUUCCUCUCGUUGAUCGUUUGUUUUACGCACCUUGCUAUUCCUACAGCACUCAACUUGACUUGUGUUUAUUGGAUGCUGCAUCACAGAGACAGAGAGAGAGAGAGAGAGAGAGAGAGAGAGAGAGAGAGAGAGAGAGAGAGUUACCGAAUCAGGGAAAUUAUUCGAUCAUACGUGGAGGAUUUUCCCCUCGAUCGUUGCAUUUUUCGUCGGCGUUUUUUUUUUGCGAAUUACACAUUAUGGACAAACAUGGGCGUGGUUUGAUCCUUGAUCUUGCAGAGGAGCUGCUUUGCUCGUGGAAGCUGCAAACAUGGGCGAUCCGGAUGCACAGUAUGAGCUUGGCUGCCACCUGCGUGUUCAGGUCAGGCUCUCGCAGUUCUCCCCAUUCGUCUUUUUUAUUCAUUUCGUGGGCUUUUGAAGUCUUCAAUGUAGGUACCAUCCGUGUUGGUGGUGACUGCGAACUUGUAGAAUGAGAACGUCCAGUCGGAUCAGCAGGCCUUCUACUACAUAGAGAAAGCGGUGGACCAGGUACGCCUCUAUCUCGCCGGCCGGCCAGCUGCCGUUGAUGUUCCUCUGCCGCUCUGACGGCGCCGCCUGUCUGGCCCUCCUCUCCAGUUGCAUCCGGCGGCGCUGUAUCUGCUCGGGUCGGUGUUCCUGGCCGGGGACUGCGUCCAGAAAGACGUCGCCUCGGCCAUGUGGUGCUUCUACAGGGCCUCCACCAAGGUCCGCUUACCAUUGAUACUAAUUAAUCCCUCCCUCCGCUCCGCCACUGGGCAGUAUCCCCCACUCCUCCGCCUGACUGCCUGUCGCUGGAGUCCAUGCUGCAGGGGCACGCCGGCGCGGCGAUUGCGUACGGGGCGCUGCUGCUGAGAGGUAAGCCGCUGCUCGCCGGCGGUGGUGGCCUCCGGCCAAUCUGCUUGGUUGGUUAGUGGGUGGGUCGCUGAUUUUAUUUUAUGAACCGGGCGGCAGGUGCCGAGGUUCCCGAGGCGGUGAGGAAGUUCAAUGCGAAGCUGGGGAGGGGAGGCGCCGAGGUGCCGCCGGUGGAGAUGGCGAGGGAGCAGUUCAAAAGGGCCGCCGACGCCGGCUGCGAUCUGGGCCUGCACUGGCUCAGGCGGCUCGAGGCGGCCGACGAAGGCGAGCUCCUCCACCCCCGUAGCACCGUCAUUCCCUGA